AUGGUCAGAUGGAAGUUCUUAUCAAAUACUUUUUCUCGCAGGAAGUAUGGAACACGUUGUGCUCACUGUGGUAGGAACAUCCAUUCAAACGACUGGGUCCGCAGAGCAAAAGGAAACACCUACCACCUGGCUUGUUUUGCAUGCUUCUCUUGCAAGAGACAGCUGUCCACAGGAGAAGAGUUUGCCCUGAUAGAUGAGAGGGUUCUGUGUCGUGUGCACUACGACUGCAUGUUGGACAACCUGAAACGUGUCAUGGAGAAUGGAAAAGGAGUGAAUGUGGAGGGAGCUGUUCCCUCAGAGCAGGAAGUAAAUCAGCCUAAACCAGCCAAGAGGGCACGGACAAGUUUUACAGCUGACCAGCUACAGGUAAUGCAAGCCCAGUUUGCUCAGGACAACAAUCCAGACGCCCAGACUUUACAAAAGUUGGCAGAAAGAACUGGUCUAAGCCGGAGGGUUAUUCAGGUUUGGUUUCAGAACUGUCGAGCUCGUCAUAAGAAGCAUGUUAGCCCAAAUCCCUCUUCAGGCGCACCAGUGUCAUCUCUGCAGUCCACUCGGCUUUCUCCUCUAAUAGAUGAAUUUCAGUACACCGCUUUUGCCCCUGUAGACACCCCUAUGCUGACUGCGCUACACUCCUAUAUGGAUGUCCACUCUCCCUCUUCACUGGUUCUGCAGCCUCUCUUGCCGCACUCAAUGACACCGCUGCCCAUCAGCCAUGCCUAAGACAUCCACUGCUGCCACAUGGUCAGGUCAGACUCCAGAGGACAGCAUGAGGAAAUCUUGGUUCUUAUACUGACUAUUGAACAAGACCCAUGCUACUUUCUUUCAUGGGCACUUACUGAAGGAUAU